AUGGUUGAGAAUGAACCUUCGAAAUCACCAGUGCCGAACCGUUCGACUUCUUUCGUUCGAUUGACUUCAUCGAAACAACGUUCAGAUUCUUUCAUAUUUGCUAAUGGUGAUCAAUACGACGGAGACUAUAUCAUUGCCGAUGAAGCUCAUAUUAUGCGUCAUGGUCAUGGUAAACAUACAAGUGCCGAUCAACAACUUAUAUAUGAAGGUACAUGGAAGAAUGAUAAAAUGCAUGGAACCGGACGAUUAACAUAUGGAGAUGGAACAUCUUAUGACGGAGAAUUCCAAUCAAAUUACUUCGAAGGUUUAGGAACAUACACAUGGCCUGAUGGCGGUCAAUAUACAGGUUUAUGGAAAAAGUCACGGCCGAUAGGUAAAGCAGAAUAUAUCGGACCAAAGUUAGGCGUACCAUUUGUUGGUGUAGCCGAUGGACAACAGGCACAUAUGCGAUAUAAAGUAUCUUCUCUGUAG